GUGCUGUGUGAGGUGACAGCUUUGUGGCGGAACAGUGACAUGCUGAGGGACUGUCGGGAAAUUGCAGCUUAUUUAAUAACAUUUGAAAAGCACGAAGAAUGGCUAACGACUUCCCCUAAAACAAGACCACAGAAUGGUUCUAUGAUCCUGUACAACAGGAAGAAGGUGAAAUAUAGGAAAGAUGGAUAUUGCUGGAAAAAAAGGAAAGAUGGGAAAACCACCAGAGAAGAUCACAUGAAAUUGAAGGUCCAGGGAGUGGAGUGCCUAUACGGCUGUUACGUCCAUUCGUCCAUCAUCCCCACUUUCCACCGAAGGUGCUACUGGCUUCUUCAGAACCCUGACAUCGUCUUGGUGCACUACCUGAAUGUACCUGCCAUAGAGGACUGUGGAAAACCAUGUGGUCCCAUCCUAUGCUCCAUAAACACAGACAAGAAGGAGUGGGCAAAAUGGACAAAAGAGGAACUCAUUGGACAACUCAAACCGAUGUUUCAUGGCAUUAAGUGGACAUGCAGCAAUGGGAACAGCAGUUCAGGGUUCUCUGUGGAGCAGCUUGUACAGCAGAUCCUUGAUAGUCACCAGACCAAACCACAACCUCGGACGCACAAUUGUCUCUGCACCGGCAGCUUGGGGGCAGGUAGCAGUGUGCAUCACAAGUGUAACAGUGCCAAACACCGCAUCAUAUCCCCAAAGGUCGAGCCAAGGACAGGUGGGUACAGCACUCACUCAGAGGUACAAAAUAAUGAUGUCUCUGAAGGGAAGAACGAGCACAGCCACGGCAAGACCGCCAGCCGGGAGAAGAGGAAUGGCAAAGUGGCAAAGCCUGUGUUGCUCCAUCAAAACAGUACUGAGGUCUCUUCCACCAAUCAGGUGGAAGUUCCUGACACGACCCAGAAUUCUCCUGUGUCCAUCAGCAGUGGAUUAAAUAGUGACCCUGACAUGGCUGACAGCCCAGCAGUCACUGGUGUUUCCAGCAUGGCCGUUGCCUCGGUGAUGGGAAGUUUGUCGCAAAGUGCCACGGUGUUUAUGUCCGAAGUGACCAGCGAAGCCGUGUACACCAUGUCGCCCACCUCUGGCCCAAACCAACACCUCCUCUCCUCAGACGCCGCCGCACAAGGACUGGUUCUGGCUGUGAGUUCAGAUGGCCACAAGUUUGCUUUUCCCACACCAGGCAGCUCAGAGAGCUUGUCCAUGUUGCCCCCCAAUGUCUCCGACGAGCUGGUGCUCUCUACAACUCUGGAUGGUAGCAGAAAAAUUCCAGAAACCACCAUGAAUUUUGACCCGGACUGUUUUCUUAAUAAUCCCAAGCAGGGACAGACUUAUGGUGGAGGAGGCCUGAAAGGAGACAGCAUUAGCACCAACAUAAGACAGUCACCCACAACAGAACGUGGGUUCAAUUUCAGUGCAGCCCUAACUAAAGAGAUUAAAACUGAGGACACUUCUUUUGAACAGCAGAUGUCCAAAGAAGCGUUUUCCUCCACUUCUGCAUCCAGUUCUCUCACUCUCACGACAGGUUCAGGUCUGCUUCCCUCUGGAGGCGGCCUGAGCCCAAGUACCACCUUGGAGCAAAUGGACUUUAGUGCCAUUGACUCCAACAAGGACUAUUCUUCCACGUUCAACCAGACAGUCCAGAGUCCUCAUGUUCACCAAACCCCUUCCCCUAGCUUCUUUCUGCAGGAUGCCAGCAAACCUCUCCCUCUUGAACAAAACACCCACAACAACUUGAACGACACAAGUGGCUCUUUUGUGAACACUUUAGGAAUCCCCAAUGUGAAAACGGAGUCCUCUUCCCAAACAACCUCGAAUUGCAAUGGCACAGUGGAAACUAGAAUAGAGUCCACCUCCUCUCUCCAGCUCAUGCAGUUCCAAGCAAACUUCCAGGCUAUGACUGCAGAAGCUGAAGUUCCCAUGGAGACCUCCCAGCAGGCAGAGGGGAAUGAAAAUCUUCUGAAAUCAGGGGAUCUUCAGGCCUGUAGCACAGAGCACUACAUGCAGCCUGAGGCCAACGGGGGUCUCAGGAAUGGGAAUAAUCUCCCUAUUCUCCAAGGAAAUAUGGUACAAGGACUCUACCCAGUGGCCCAUCCCUCCUCCAACAUGGAGCUGAAUUUGGACCACUUUGACAUCUCCUUCAGCAACCAGUUUUCAGAUCUUAUCAACGAUUUCAUCUCAGUGGAAGGCGGGAGUAACACCAUCUACGGGCACCAGCUGGUGUCCGGUGACAGUGCUGGGCUCUCUCAGCCUGAAGAUGGCAGCAGAGCGCCCUAUACCCAGGCCGAGAUGUGCAUCCCGUGCUGCAGCCCGCAGCACGCCAGCAUGCAGCUCGCCAGCGCCGAGAGCGGAGCCGGCACCAUGGCCUACAUGCACGUGGCUGAGGUGGUCUCCGCAGCCGCAGCACAAGGCACCCUGGGGAUGCUGCAGCAGAGCGGGCGCUUGUUCAUGGUGACAGAUUACUCCCCAGAGUGGUCUUACCCCGAGGGAGGAGUGAAAGUCCUGAUCACAGGCCCGUGGCAGGAAGCCAGCAAUAACUACAGCUGCCUGUUUGAUCAGAUCUCAGUGCCUGCAUCUUUAAUCCAGCCAGGAGUGCUGCGCUGCUACUGCCCAGCUCAUGACACCGGGCUUGUGACUCUGCAAGUUGCCUUCAACAAUCAGAUCAUCUCCAACUCCGUGGUGUUUGAAUAUAAAGCCAGAGCUCUGCCUACCCUGCCUUCCUCCCAGCACGACUGGCUGUCCCUGGACGACAAUCAGUUCAGAAUGUCGAUCCUGGAGCGCCUGGAGCAGAUGGAAAGGAGAAUGGCCGAGAUGACGGGCUCCCAGCAGCACAAACAAGGAAUUGGAGGCGGGGGCAAUGGCAGCGGGAACGGAGGAACCCAGACGCAAUGUGUGUCGGGGACCGCGGCGCUGGGCAGCUGCUUCGAGAGCCGCGUGGUGGUGGUGUGCGAGAAGAUGAUGAGUCGCGCCUGUUGGACAAAGUCCAAACACCUGAUCCACUCGAAGACUUUCCGAGGAAUGACCUUGCUGCACCUUGCUGCUGCCCAGGGCUAUGCAACGCUGAUCCAGACCCUCAUCAAAUGGCGCACCAAGCACGCCGACAGCAUUGAUUUGGAGCUAGAAGUUGACCCUUUGAACGUGGAUCACUUCUCCUGUACUCCACUGAUGUGGGCGUGUGCACUGGGCCACAUGGACGCAGCCAUUGUACUGUAUAAGUGGGACCGCCGAGCCAUCUCUAUUCCCGAUUCUCUUGGGAGACUGCCACUAGCUAUUGCCCGGUCUCGAGGUCACGUGAAGUUGGCAGAGUGUCUGGAGCAGCUACAGCGAGAUGAGCAAGUUCAGCUUGGGCAAAAUCCCAGAAUCCACUGCCCUUCCAGUGGGGAGUCCAACACAGAGAGCUGGGUUACCCAGUGGCACAGCGAAAUCAUUACUUCUCAAGAGCCUCAGAAGGGGGUCACUGUUCUGUCCGGUUCAAAUACAGAGUUACGGCGACCAAGGUCCGAGCCCUCCAGCUACUACAGCAGCGAGAGUCCGAAGGAUUACCCCGCACCCAAAAAGCAUAAACUGAACCCUGAGUAUUUCCAGGCCCGGCAGGAGAAGCUGCUCUCCACAGCGCUGAGCCUGGAGGAGCCAAGUGUCAGGAAGCAGAGCUCCAGUUCCAAGCAACCCGUCCCUGAGACAAUCAGCCCCAGUGAAGGGAUGCGGGACUAUGGCAGGGAGCUCUCCCAGCACAUCCCAGAAGUUGCUGGGUACCGGGGCUCUGGAGGCCAGGCCGGAAUCAAGUGGAGCCCAAAAGACAUUUAUAUCGGCGUGUCUGCAGUGCAGGUGACCGGAAGCCCGAAGGGGAAGGACCCCGGAGGCCACCGGUUGCGCCAGCGGGAGCAGAUGAACGUGCUGAUGAUGGCUGACAGGGAGCUAGUGGAUGGGGAGCUGCUGUCCUACAGGGACAGCGUGGAGAAUGAAGACUGCUUACAGCACAUGGACGACUUGCAGGUGAACAUGAUGACUCUUGCUGAGCACAUCAUCGAAGCUACGCCAGACCGGAUCAAGCGGGAGAACUUUGUGCCGAUGGAGUCCCCGCUGGUGGAGAGGACGGACAGUGCUGCCAUGAGCACCACCAUGAGCUGGCUGGCCAGUUACCUUGCGGAUGUCGAUCACAUACCAAGUGCUGCGCAGAUCAGAACUCUGUAUAGUGAACCCCUGACCCCUUCUUCAAACACCAGCUUGAGCCCCGUAGGCUCACCAAUCAAUGAGAUCGCUUUUGAGAAACCCAGCCUUCCUUCAGCAGCAGAUUGGUCAGAAUUUCUGAGUGCAUCCACCAGCGAAAGGGUAGAGAAUGAGUUUGCACAGUUAACUCUGUCUGACCAUGAGCAAAGGGAACUCUAUGAAGCUGCCAAACUCGUCCAGACAGUGUUCAGGAAGUACAAGGGCCGUCCUCUCCGAGAACAGCAGGAAGUGGCUGCUGCUGUCAUUCAGCGUUGCUACAGAAAAUACAAACAGCUUACUUGGAUAGCCUUGAAGUAUGCACUUUAUAAAAAGAUGACACAAGCUGCCAUCCUCAUCCAGAGCAAAUUCAGAAGCUAUUAUGAACAGAAAAAAUUCCAGCAGAGCCGACGAGCCGCAGUGCUGAUCCAGCAGUACUACCGCAGCUACAAAGAAUGUGGGAAGAGGAGACAAAACCGAAGAGCAGCUGUCAUUGUACAACAGAAACUUAGGAGCAGUCUGCUCACCAAGAAACAGGAUCAAGCUGCUCGCAAGAUCAUGCGGUUUUUACGACGCUGCCGCCACAGCCCUCUGGUGGACCAUAGGCUGUACAAAAGGAGUGAAAGAAUUGAAAAAGGCCAAGGAACCUGAAGAUACACAGCAGCAUCCCGUAGCAAUGUGACAUUGCUUUUCAGACUGUUUUCAUUUUCUGUUUUUAGCAGAGACAUGCAACAAAAACCCACUGCAGUUCUGGGAAUCUCAGCUGCAGAAUUUUAACAGUAAUGUUUUGGUCAUUGCAUUUGCACUUUCAUGGACAAUUUUUAAUUUGUUCAGCAAGACAUCUUGGAACUCAAUCUUCUGUUGGAUCAUGGGAAAAAAGACACCAGGAGGAAUUUGUGAGUUGCUUCAUUCUCUCCGAAAGAAGCGAUUAAUUAUUCUUUUCAUAUAGGGCUGUAUUAAAACGUGUGGAACUGUACAAAUAUUAUACCAAAAAUAUUGUUAAGGAAAGGUGGGAAUGCACAAGCAACACAAGAAUGCUAUUCCUGCACCUGUCAAUCAUCUCCAAGAAACUGAAGCUUCAAGAUUCAGUGGAGGGGCUUAGAUCAGUAAAUCUUUAUUGGGUACAUGCAUUUUCAUUUCCUUUGCACGUCUGUCCUUUCUUUUUAUUUGAAUCUCUCUACAGCACACUUAAUGCAACUUUUUAAAUCUGCAGGUUUUUAAUACAUCCCGUGGAAAUUUACAGAGUGGGUUGGUGUAUGAGGUAAACGGGUAAUGCAUGGGAAAUAAAGAGAGCAGCUUGAGCAAGUUUUUAAAAUUUCCUUUAUUGGUAUUUUUUCUAGAACCUGCAAGUAUAUCAAGUGUCAUGUACUUUUUCUCAUAUUCAGCACUUUAUUUUCUGGCCUUACUGUUAAUUAUUUACAUAAAAUAGUUUGUAACGCGUGUAGCGCUUUUUUUGUUUAAGUAAUUUUGUUGUUCUGAGCAGUCACGAACAUAUGUUGCCUGGACACUUAUACCACCUAAAGAUCAGAGUGGUGCUCCAUCCUGGCCAGUAAAUUCCUUAUUUUGGCUAUUUCAUCAAAAUCUAGGCAGUUUCUGUAUAUAUAGAAGGUAGAAAUGGAAUAUGAGAAAUAAUAUUUGAAAGGGAAUAUAUUGAUUAAUUACUAAAUAUUUUAUUCACAAAGGGUCAAUAACUUGGCAAGAUAAAAUUAUUAUUUGUAUAGUUUUGUCUGAAUGAGCGAAAAGAGUGGAUGUAUUGUUUGUAUAUACUGUAUAUAUUAAAACAGAGAUAUGUGCAUGAAUUCAAGAAAAAAGAAAUGAAAAAAGCAAAGCAUUAGUGGCUAUGGUCUGUAAAAUGAAACAAAAACUUUAUUUCACUAUAAGAAACUUUAUUUUAAAUGUUCUUUAGAAGAACAUUUUGCUAAAGCAUGAUUAAACUGCAAAAAAAAAAGAGCUACUGUAUUUAGACUUAGGAAAAAAAGGCAGAGUAACAUUACUAAAAAAGGAUAUGUUUACAUUUGAUUUUGGCUACCAGGAGGUUUAUUUUAUUUUAUUUUAUUUUUAUUUUUUGCCAAUGGUGCCAAGUAAUGUGAAUGCUAAUAUUGCUUAAGAAGUUACUUUUGCAAAGCAGAUAAUCAUAAGAAUACAAAAAUGUAUCUAGCUUAACACCAUACACUCACUCCAAUAAAGAACACUUAGAAUGAACAUAAACUGAAAAAAGAAAUAGUAUGAAAGUAGAAUAUGUUUCACAUUUUCAUAUCUCCUGCUGGAAGUCAGAAAAUGUAAUAAAAAUGCACAAAAAUUUUAAAAAAUAAAAAUAAGUAAAUCUUAAAAGUUGCAAACUGGUCUUGUAGGGGUGUCAUGGUAUAUUGCUAUUUCCACAUAGUGAGGAGCCAAAGAAAUCAGAUAUUUUAAAACUGAAAUACUAAUUAAAAAUUAUUAUGAUGCUUAGAUGAUAGAGGACUGAUCUUAAUUACACUAGUAUAUAUCAGGAAUAAUUCUCCUGUAGUCAGUGCAGUUACUCUGGAUUUACACAGGCAUAGCUGAAAUCUGAAACUGCUUCUGUGGGUUUAUGUUGCUAGUACCAGUUUAAAAUUUCCAAAUGGUUGGUGUAAAUUUUAGACGUUUAGUUUCAUAAUAGUUGCUCUUACUUGAUCCUGGCCACCAAUUAAACUGUUCAAACUCCAGGCUUUUUGUGAAGCCUAAAAAUAUUCACAAAUGAGAAGCUUAUAAACUGGUAUCUUUAAAAGAAGAGUAAUCACAAAGAUUGUGGCAAAAAAUGGGGUCAGUGCUCUUGGUGCCUUUUCUAUAAUUGUACCUGGUUUUUAAUUACUUCUGUUCACUGCCAGCAUUGAAUUACAAUAUGUGUGCUAUAUAGCUCAUUAUCAGAACUCUGUAUACAUUUGUGAACUGCUGCUUUAUGACCUGGUUCAGUUAAAAAUAAUUGUCUGGCUCUCACACUUUGGCGGUGGCAGCCUCAUAAUUUCCAUUUAUUUUACUGAAAUGGAACCUUACAUAUUAAGUUACCACACACACAGAAUGGGAACCCAAUAUGAAAGUAAACUCCUUUUGGAAUGAACUGGAAUGCUCUGUAUUAAUACUGGAAAUACUCUGUCAUUCUGAAACAUAAAUGUUUGUCCUAUUGACUAGCAUUAUGAUAAUUAUUGAACUUUUCAUAAUAAAAGUAAUUACCUCAGUGGAUUCAUUUUAAUCCCUUAUAUUUAUACUAAAAAUUUUCAGUAAAAUACAGAGCUAUUUCAGGUUACCCUUCCGGAUCCAUGGGCCUGGUGGUGUAUCUGCUUAUAAAGACCCUGAUACAGCAAAACAUUUACAAACAUGCUUAAUACAUUACGCAUAUGAGUGGUUCCAUUAACUUAAUGGGACUACUCACAAGCUUAAAAUUAAGUAGAUCCUUAAAUACUUUGCUGAACUGGGUUGUAAUACUCUUCCAUUGAAAAAACUUUUCUGCUUACCCUUUUCGUGACUGUGGAACUUAUUUCUGAUAGAAGAUACAUAAGUGCAGCUUUCUUCGAUAAUCGGAAUUCCCAAGUGCCAGGAGCAGGCCCUUCUUCUGCAUCCUGAAAAUGGAAUUGCUCCUUUGUUUAACACAUCCGACAAGAGUAAUACUGUGUGAAAGAAAUAAAGAAUAUAACAUGAUCUCCCUAUAUGGUUGCACGCUUACAGCAGUUCCACACAGUAGUUGGUGCCCAACAGGGGGUCCCCAAGACUUGCAUGUAAAACUAGUAUAGAUGUCUCUUUUUGUAAGUUUUAUUUUUGUAACUGUGCAUGUAAAGCAUCACUGAAUCAAUGGAUCUGUUGAAGAACUCAGCUGCUGGAACCAUGCAAAAUGUUUUGAAUUGCCCUUAAAAUAUGGAAAAUGUUUUCUGAAUGCUUUAUAUUCUUUCUGCUGUAAAUUAAAAACAAAGAAAAUUUCCCCAUACUAAGUGUAUUUCUUUUAACAUUCUCUUCCAUUUUCAUUACGAAGGACCUGUAGAUUUUUCAAGUAAUUAUAAAUAUCCUUGUAAAGUUUAGAUCUCUGUCACACACUUAGAAGACGUACCUGUAAA